UGAGCACAUGAAUCGUCCAGUAAUGCGAUGCCAAAGCAGCCUGUUAAACUCCAGAAGAGCGCUGUCUGAUCUGACGGAACUUCUUCAAUUCGCCGCCUUCACUUUCCACUUGAUGAUAAUCUCUCUGGGGGUUGAUCCAGGCGCGCCUUUCCCCUCUCUGCCUCUCGCGCAUUAAAAGUUUUUGAUUUUUAUUAUAUAUAUAUAUAUAUUUUUUUUUUUUUUUAAGUGGAAAUGAAUAACACCGCUUUCAACCAAACGGAGGGCGGACUGCUCAACAAGACAGAGGAGUUCUUCUGCUGCAACUUUUCGUCCGUGGUGACUGAUAACGGCUUCGUGGCCGCCGCUCCGGAUGAGAGGAGCCUCUUCAUCAUGAGGGUGGUCCAGAUAGCCGUCAUGUGCGUUUUGUCCCUCACGGUGGUGUUCGGCAUAUUUUUCUUGGGUUGCAACCUUCUCAUAAAGUCAGAGGGGAUGAUUAACUUUUUGGUGACGGACAGGAGACCGUCCAAGGAAACGGAGGCGGUGAUUGUGGGAGCCUACUGACUGACGAGGACCUUUAUGUUCUGAUUUGAAUCAGAUCUGGAGACAGAUGGGAGGCAAUGCGAUGAUCAGCAGCCCCAAAACAAGCCCCUGUUUUCACAUUGGUGUUCAGAAAAAAACCUCAGAAAAAGAGUCACCAUUCUGCAGGUAACUAAGCUCUGCUGGUGGCUUCACCUUAUUCCCUGAGGCUCUUUAAUGCCAACAAAGACUCAUUCAUCUCCAAGAGGUACAGAGCGAUUUAAGCCUCUUUGUUUCUAAAGUAUUCAGUCAAGCACUGUUGUAGUUGGAGCACCGUUUGUCAAGCAGCAUCUUUUGUCACAUAAGUGGCAAAGUCUCUGUAGUUGCUGCUUAAAAAUACCCUCUCAUAUUGCUAACGCGAUGGAGAAGUUAAUGUUUAACAUGUACUGUAUGUUGUAUGUGUUUUUGCAUACAAUAUGCAACAUUACAAUAAGUGUAUUUCUCUGGAUUUCCUGCUGAUAACUGUAUGAGUGACUGUGUGGGCGGCAGAGAGAGCCCAACAUGCUGUGUAUCUUGUUAAUUGGAAUAAAUUCAUUCUGUAAUUAAAGA